AUGUCAGAACGGAAAGUUCUAAACAAAUACUCCCCACCUGACUUCGACCCGUCAAAGAUCCCAAAACUGAAGCGACCCAAGGACCGGCAGUACGUGGUUCGAAUGAUGGCCCCCUUCAACAUGAGGUGCAAGACGUGUGGAGAAUACAUCUACAGGGGGAAGAAGUUCAACACGCGAAAGGAAACCAUCCAGAAGGAGUCUUGCCUGGGCCUGCCUGUCUUCUGCUUGUACAUCAAUUGCAUGCACUGCUUGGCCGAGAUCACCUUCAAGACAGACCCUGAGAACAGGGACUACACCGUGGAGCAUGGAGCCACAAGCAGCUUCCAGGCCGAGAAGCUCCUGGAGGAGGAGGAAAAGCGUGUGCAGAAGGAGCGCGAGGAUGAGGAGCUGAACAACCCCAUGAAGGUCCUAGAGAACUGCACCAAAGACUCGAUGCUGGAGAUGGAGGUGCUGGAAAACCUGCAGGAGCUGAAGGACUUGAACCAGCGGCAGGCACAUGUGGACUUUGAGGCCACGCUGCUGCAGCACCGCCUGUGGCAGGAACAGCGGGGACACCAGCUGCAGGAGGAAGAUGAGCUUGAGAAUGUGGCCUUGCUGGAGGUGGCGAGCAUCUGUGAAAAACGGCAGUUGGUUAUCAAAAGAUGA